AUGAGCACGAAUGUUGGUGGCAUCUCCUGGAGCUUCCCAAGCAAGACAGAAACCGUGCAGAAGGCCGGCUUCAUCAAGCCGGGAGCUGCUUUUUGCCCAAAGGCACCAAGACGAAGGUUUCUGCCUGGGCUCGGAAACGAGAAGCAAAAUGAACCUCAGAACUCGCCGGCGGCGCCGCUUCCGAGUGACUUUAACCCCAAAAUUAAAAUGGACCUUGGGGACGCGCCCGGUGCCGCCGAGGAGUCUUCGCCUCCGAAGCCGAAGGUGACGCUGUUGUCGACGCUGUUGCUGUCGCCGCCUGUAGAGGCCGAGGCCCCCGUUCCGCCGUGUCGCGCGGUCCCGAAGGAGACUCCGGAGGUGGACGUGAGGCCGGAUGCUCUGUCCCGCGGUUCUGAGGAACAUUUAGCUCCAAACGCCCUCGAGCAGGCGGAAAUAACCCCCCAGAAGGAAGAUUCCCAUAUUGGGAAAGAGGAUGAAAUUGCGGACAGCUCUAAGGGUGCUUCCCUGUGCUCUAGGAAACAGGGUUCAAAGAGGAAGUUCUCCCAGUCCGACGGCCCCUUCCCCGCUUCCGAAUCCGACGAGGAUUCUGUGAGGACUUCUUCCAGCCAGCGGUCGCACGAGCUGAAAGUUUCCAGCACGGAAAAAGAGAGAGAUUCCAGAAGAAGUUCCGCUUCGCUCAGGGGGGAAGAGCCGGGGAAGUCCUCGUCGCGAUCCAAGUCGGAUAGAGAGGAAAAAUAUUCCAGUUACUCAAAAUCCGAUAGAGAUUCGCGCUAUGGGUCCUCCCGGUCCCGAUCGGACAGGGAGAGGAGACGGAGCCGCUCCCGGUCCCGCUCCCGCUCCGAUCGGGGCUCCAGAACCAGCUCCUCCUAUUCGCGGUCGGAGCGGUCGCAUUACUACGAAUCCGAGCGGAGGUACCAUCGGAGCUCCCCGUACAGGGAAAGGACGCGGUACUCCCGCUCGUACGCGGAGAGCAGGGCGCGGGAGAGCUCGGAUUCCGAGGAGGAAUACCGCAGGACGCAUUCCAGGUCGAGCGACUCGAGGCGGACGUCGUCCCAUUCCUCCUCGUACCGGGACUCGAGGACGUCGUACUCCAAAUCGGAGCGGGACGGCAAAACGGAGGCGUCUCACGGCGAAACGGAGAGGAGAGGAAAAUCUUCUUCCAAAGUAGAUCGGGAUUCCAAAAGGACUUCGGAGAGCGAAGCCCCCAAAAGGUGCUCUCCCCUUAGCGAGCUAGGCUAUCGCAAGGGGACAUCCCAUUCUAAACCUGACAGUAAUGUGAAUUCCUCCCGCUAUAAGUCCACCCCUUCAAAGACCCCCGCGCCAAAGCCUGAUAAAUUUAAAAGUUCUUUCUGUUGUGCAGAAUCGAAUGAAGAAAUAAAGCAGCAGUCUAAUUCUCUAGAUGUAGAGGCCUCUUGUCUAAGAAGCAACGAGGCGAGAGCGCCCGUUGCAAAAAAAUUGGAAAGGGAAAAGACUCUUUCUCCGGUGAAUCCAUGGAACGAGUCGCCCUCUUUUAAAAAGGCAGACGAGUCAAAAGAUGGUUUUUCUAACGCAAAAGCUGAUGAACUUUUAGGAAAUGAAUGCCAUGACAGUGUUAAGGGACAGGAAACUCUAAUAAAGCCUGAGCAAUUAAGAACUUAUUUACCUAUGGAACUGCAUAUAAACGGGUCCCCAGAAGAGGACGCCGCCCCGUCUUUGUAUCAUUCGGAAGUUGAAAUUGAAGUCGAAGCAGCAGAUAUCAAGGUCACUUCGGAGGCUUUCCUGGACGUUCACGUAGAGCCGCAAACGGUGACGUGCGGCUACGAGAGCACCGAGGAUCAGAAUUCCAAGUCUGCCUGUGAGGAUGAGCAGUAUCUGAUUCAUCCUUCCCACCGAGGUAGCUUAGCAGUGGAUAGUUCAAGCAGAGAUUCCUCCCAGGACGGUUGUUCCCUGAGGGUGAAACUAGACAAUCCCGUCGUUUCCCAGCAGCCGGGCGAAAUGGAAAACUCUCCUUUAAAGACGAGCACUCGUAUUAUUCCGAAGUCCCGCUGGAACACCGGAGCAGGGAGAAAGCAGCAGCAGAAAGUGCUGUUUCUACCGGAGGAACUGGGUCGGAGGAGCAUUGCCUUGGAAUAUUGCGAGAGGGACGAAGGGAACGAGUCCGUGGUGGCUUCGGCUUUUCCGGAAGCUCCGUAUCCGUCUUGCGACGUCGUCGUCACGGCAGAAGAAACCGUAACGCAAGGCCCGACGUGCGACAGCAGCGGCAACGCUUCCGAAUUCCUCCCCGCGCGCAGCGGCGCCUAUUCGGACACGGCGGAAAGCGAGAGCGACGCGGGCAGCGAGGAGAGCGAUUCGGAAGACUCGGAUUCUGAUGACGGCGUGCCGCGGAAACGGCUCCAGUCCAUCGUGGUGGUGCCCAAAAACUCCAGCAUCGCGCUGGAGGAAAGCAGCCCGUGCUCGUCGCGGAGCAGCCAAGGCGCCAGGCGCUACUCCGACCACUGGGACGACGAGCGGCCGGAAUCCAGCCGGCCCUACUACGAGGAGAGGCCGGAGAACCUGGCAGGUAAGAACGGGCCGCAGGUGGAGAGCAGAUGUUCUCCGAGAGGGAUGGACAAGAGUCCGGCUACGUCCACGGAGCCGAGCAGGAAGGAAGCGGAGGAGCCGGACGCGUCCCAGCCGCAGAGCGACGGCGUCGACAGCACGAGUCAGGCGGACCUGGCGGCGGAUUCCAACGGAAAGCCCAACCCGGAGCAGAGGAUGAUCCUAAAGGAGCUGGUCGCUGUGGGUAGAGCAGUCGGCCGCCCGGAAGAGCAGGCGUUUUGUGUGCCCGAGAGUUUCGAAGGUCCUGAUAAAUCCCAAAACCAAACAAGCUCUUCCAAACCGGACAGUAGGCAAGGGAAGGGUGGGCCUAACCAGUCCUCGCACGGAGACUUUUCCCGGGUGGACGGUUUUCAUCCGACGGAGGAUUUGAGUGGUUUGGGCUGGGACUUUUCCCAGCCGGAGAAGCCCAGUAGCACCUACCAGCAGCCCGACAGCAGCUUUGGGGUCUACCCGGGCUAUGUUUUCCAGCCCGGGUCGGGAGCGUACGGCGGCUCCCAGCCUUACUGGGAAGGCAACGGAUAUUGGGAUGCCCGAUCCGCGAGCCGGCCUUCCGGGAUGAGCUACGAGCGAGCUCAAGGACAAGUGCCGGAUUCCUUGACGGAGGAUCACGAGGAGUACGAAGAGGACGAGCGCUGGGAUGACGACUGCAAGCCCCAUUUUCCCAGCCAGUCGAGCCAAUUCCAUGGGCCUGCAGAGCAGGAACAAGGUUCCGUGCAGGCCCACGAGAUCAGCAGCAAUUCCACCAAGGAGCCCGUCUCCGUCGGAGAGAAAAAGGAGGAGGUGAAAGUUGCGGAAAAGAACGACGCGAAGGAGCGAGGACCGCCCAAAAAGAGACGCCAAGAGGUGGAGAGCGACUCCGAGAGCGACGGGGACGCGCGCGAGAGGAAGAAGGUGAAGACGGAGGGGGAGCCCGCGGACUCGGCGCCGCAGGAUUCCUCCAUGGUCGGGCGGUUGUGCAUCAUGGAAGACUUCCGAGACCCGCAGCGCUGGAAGGAGUUCGCCAAGCAGGGAAAAAUGCCCUGCUACUUCGACCUCAUCGAGGAGAACGUCUACUUGACAGAAAGGAAGAAGAACAAGUCUCACCGGGAUAUCAAGCGGAUGCUGUGUGAAUGCCCUCCUCUUUCCAAGGAAGAGCGAGCCCAGGGGGAGGUGGCCUGUGGCGAAGACUGUCUCAACCGGCUGCUCAUGAUAGAGUGUUCUUCCAGGUGCCCAAAUGGCGACUACUGCUCCAACCGGCGCUUCCAGAAGAAACAGCACGCGGAUGUCGAGGUGAUCCUCACUGAGAAGAAAGGCUGGGGCCUCCGAGCUGCCAAAGAUCUCCCAUCGAACACGUUUGUGUUGGAGUAUUGCGGAGAGGUGCUGGAUCACAAGGAGUUCAAGGCCCGGGUGAAGGAGUAUGCUCGGAACAAGAACAUCCACUAUUAUUUUAUGGCCUUGAAGAACGACGAGAUAAUAGAUGCUACCCAGAAAGGAAACUGCUCUCGUUUUAUGAACCACAGCUGUGAACCAAACUGCGAGACACAAAAGUGGACUGUGAACGGGCAGCUCAGAGUUGGAUUUUUCACCACCAAACUAGUCCCGUCGGGCUCAGAGCUGACGUUUGACUACCAGUUCCAGAGAUACGGCAAGGAGGCUCAGAAGUGCUUCUGCGGCUCCGCCAACUGCCGCGGCUACCUCGGCGGGGAGAACCGGGUCAGCAUCCGCGCGGCGGGAGGGAAGAUGAAGAAGGAGCGCUCCCGCAAGAAGGACUCGGUGGAUGGGGAGCUGGAAGCGCUGCUGGAGAACGGCGAGGGCCUCUCGGAUAAGAACCAGGUUCUCAGUUUAUCCCGGUUGAUGGUUCGGAUCGAGACCCUGGAGCAGAAACUUACCUGCCUCAAACUCAUACAGAACACGCACUCGCAGACCUGCCUGAAGUCCUUCCUCGAGUGUCACGGCUUGUCCCUCCUCUGGAUUUGGAUGACGGAGCUGGGCGACGGGAGGGGAAGCACGGCCAACAACCUGAAGCUGCAGCUGGAGAUCAUGAAGACGCUCGAGCUGCUGCCCAUCCCCACCAAGAACAUGCUGGAGGAGAGCAAAGUGCUGCCCAUCAUCCAGCGCUGGGCGCAGACCAAGGCGGCCGUGCCGCCGCUCAGCGAGGGCGACGGCUACUCGAGCGAGAACACGUCGCGCGCCCACACGCCGCUCAACACGCCCGACCUGUCGGCCAAGGCGAGCGCCGAGGCCGACGCGGACACCCCCAAGAAGCUGGUGUUCCGCAGGCUCAAGAUCAUCAGCGAGAACAGCAUGGACAGCGCCAUCUCGGACACGACCAGCGAGCUGGAAGGCAAGGAGGGCAAGGAGGAGCUGGAGCAGCUGGAGGGCGCCGCCGCGGAGGGCUCCGAGGAGCAGCCCCAGCAGCCCGAGCCCAAGGCGGCCGCGGAGGCCGCGGUGGAGAGCAGCAAGUCGCAAGCGCUGGAGCUGGAGGCCGAGCCCGACGCGGAGGCCAAGGAGAGCAACGGGGCCAAGCUGGAGGAGCCCAUCACCAUGGAGACGCCGUCCCAGGACGAGGAAGAAGGCGUCUCCGACGUGGAGAGCGAGAGGAGCCAGGAGCAGACGGACAAGAUGGUGGACGUGAGCGACCUGGCCACGCGGCUGCUCGACGUGUGGAAGGACCUCAAG